AUGGACAUGAUACCCAAGUUCUCCUCAAAGGACGAGGAGAUUGACUUUUGGAAGGCUCUUUCCCUCAAAUAUAAGAAAGGCUGUGAGGAGGCUCGGGAGGAGCUGCUGGAGUUCCAGGAGGGCAGCCGGGAGCUGGAGGCGGAGCUGGAGGCUCAGCUGGGUCAGGCCGAGCAUCGAGUCAGAGACCUGCAGGCCGAGAACCAGAGAAUCAGGAACGAGGCCGAAACGCUGAAGGAUAAGCUGGAGCGCCAGUGCUCGCAGAGCCACAAGCAGAUCUCCCUCCUGGAGGACGACCUGGGCCAGACCCGCAGCGUCAGGGAGCAGCUCCACAAGUACGUCCGCGAGCUGGAGCAGUCCAACGACGACCUGGAGAGGGCCAAAAGGGCCACCAUCGUGUCUCUGGAGACCUUCGAGCAGCGCCUGAACCAGGCCAUCGAGAGGAACGCCUUCCUGGAGAGCGAGCUGGACGAGAAAGAGUCCCUCCUGGUGUCCGUGCAGAGGCUGAAGGAUGAAGCCAGAGACCUGCGGCAGGAGCUGGCUGUGCGUGAGCGGCAGGUGGACGGGUCCCGGAUGUCGGCCCCCGGUUCCCCCACGCAGGAUCAGCUCAGCAAAGGCCUGGACAACGCCUUCCCCCAGCCCACAGGUUAUACAGAAGCUCGUUUUAUGUCAGCUCUGGAGUCGAAGCUCGCCGCCUGCAGGAACUUCGCCAAAGACCAGAAGGCCCAAAAGGCCCAGAAGCCCCUUAUGGUCCGAACGGGUCUGGCUCUGGACAACAGCAACGCGCUCAACGCCAACACGCUCCACUCAUCAUACUUUGACAAAGCGUCGCUGAACCGGCCGGAGUCCGGCGCCCCCCUCACCGCCUGA